AUGGCUCGUACUAAGCAAACCGCUCGCAAGUCUACUGGAGGCAAGGCGCCUCGCAAGCAGCUGGCCACUAAGGCUGCCCGCAAGACGGCCGCCACUGCCGCUACCGGUGGUGUCAAGAAGCCUCACCGCUUCCGCCCCGGCACUGUUGCUCUGCGUGAAAUCAGGCGCUACCAGAAGUCGACCGAGCUUCUCAUUCGCAAGCUGCCUUUCCAGAGGCUCGUCCGCGAGAUUGCCCAGGACUUCAAGACCGACCUGCGUUUCCAAUCAUCCGCAGUCUUGGCGUUGCAAGAAGCUAGCGAAGCUUACCUUGUCUCCCUGUUCGAGGACACCAACCUGGCUGCAAUCCAUGCCAAGCGAGUGACCAUCCAACCCAAAGACCUCGCGUUGGCCCGCCGCCUCAGAGGCGAACGAUCUUAA